AUGCCACCGCGUCGCAGUCAUACUAAAUCCCGAAAGGGAUGUACUAAUUGCAAGAAGCGGCAUGUCAAAUGCGAUGAAGCGCUACCCAGCUGUGGGUUGUGCGAGAAACGGCAGCUAGAAUGCAUCUAUCCAUCAUCGGCCAGUGAAGUCGACAGCCAACCUGCAUCUACCCCACGAGAGAUCAUUGACAUAACGCCCAAAGAGUGGCCCUUGUCCACGAGAAUGCUCGAGAUGAGGUUGAUGCAUCAUUAUCUGACAAAAACCUACCAUACCUUACAUCAAGGCAAAAUCGAUGCGACUCACUUCCAGACGGUCAUCCCGGAAAUGGCCACAUCCCACCCGUUUCUGUUGGACAGCUUACUUGCACUGACAGCUCUGCACCUAGCCUUCCUGAACCCGGACGACAAGCGCCCGUGGAUGGAAGCUGCGCUCAAAUAUCAAAGCCAGGCAUGCUCGGUUUUUAGUCGCGUUCUUGUGGAUAUCUCCCCGGAGAAUUGUGGACCUGCGUUCCUCUGCGCGGUUUUCAUCCUCCUAUGUGCGACUGCAUAUCCAUGCGUCGCCGGGGAUACUCAUCCGUUUGAUCCACUAGCCCAGGUCCUGGAAACUCGCCGCCUCCUUGUCGGAUGUGCUUUUCUUUACCAUCAUCUGCAUCGACAUCCAGGGCAAUUGAAAGAGUGGCUACGGUUCCCGAACGAUGUGAAACGGGAGGAGAAUGUCACAUCUCAAGGGACGUGGAAUGCGAAGCUUGUGCCGCUGCGAAGUGCUCUUCUAGAUUCUCUACGACAAGUAGCGGCCGUCAUGAACGAUGCCAGUGAACCGCACCGGGCAGCCUACCAGGACACCUGGGAUUUUCUGCACGACACCAUCAGUUUAUGGCCAUUGGGAGGUCCUCGUGGAGGCAUCAUAUCCUGGCCCGUCCAUAUUGGCGAAGACUACAUUGCUCUGUUGAAGCAGGGAGACUGGAUCGCUCUUGAGCCAAAGUCUAAUUACGAUGGUCAUCAUGUAAAGGAUGGAAAGCGCGGGGCAGUCGCCAGUGAGAAUGCUAUCUGCAGUCGCCAUGGAAUCGACAUUCUGGAGUUGGGUGGAAAUGCGGCCGAUGCUCUGGUCGCGACAGUCCUCUGUGUCGGAGUAAUUGGAAUGUACCAUAGUGGGAUUGGGGGCGGUGGCUUUAUGCUAGUCCGGGCUCCUAAUGGCUCCUUCGAGUUCAUCGACUUCCGUGAGACAGCUCCGGCUGCCGCAUUUGAGGAGAUGUUCAAUAACUCGACUCACGCAUCUACAAUUGGCGGCUUAGCUAGUGGCGUUCCAGGCGAGCUGCGUGGAUUGGAGCAUCUUCACAAAAAGUAUGGCUCAUUGCCGUGGUCAGUCCUAGUGCAACCUGCAAUCAGGACAGCUCGUGAGGGCUUUCCCGUUGGCCGAGAUCUAGUGAAGUACAUGAAAUCGGCCGUUGGUGACGGCAAGGACUUUUUAGUCGAGAACCCGACAUGGGCGCUCGACUUUGCUCCCAAUGGCACCCGGAUUGGACUAGGAGACAUCAUGACGCGGAGGCGCUACGCUGAUACGCUCGAAACCAUUGCAAACAAGGGUCCGGAUGCUUUUUACUCGGGACCGAUCGCGGAGACAAUGAUCAACGCGCUGCAGGCUGCGAAUGGUACUAUGACAAUGGAGGAUUUGCGCAACUAUACUGUAGCCAUUCGAAAUGUGUCACAGAUUGAUUACCGGGGAUACCAGAUCACAAGCACAUCAGCUCCCUCAAGUGGUACCGUCGCCAUGAGUAUUCUGAAGAUUCUGAGUACUUACGAUGACUUCUUCGCCCCGGGUACUGUGAACUUGAGCACACACCGUCUGGACGAAGCCAUGCGUUUUGGGUAUGGUGAGAGAACUAAUCUCGGCGACCCUCUCUUCGUUGCUGGACUGGAUGAGUAUGAAGAAAACAUGUUGAAGCAAUCCAGCAUUGAUGAAAUACGACGAAAGAUCUCCGAUUACCGCACACAGAAUGUGUCUGCCUAUGAUCCGCAAGGAAUUGAGAGCCUGAAUGAUUCGGGUACAUCACACGUGGUAGCGGCAGAUCAUACAGGCCUGGCGAUCUCCCUCGUCACAACUAUUAAUACCCUCUUUGGCAGCCAAGUCAUGGUUCCUGAAACCGGAAUCAUAAUGAACAACGAAAUGGACGAUUUCUCCGUUCCUGGAAAAUCCAAUUCAUUCGGAUAUGUUCCUUCAAAGGCGAACUACAUUCGCCCUGGAAAGCGUCCACUGUCUUCCAUCACGCCCGCCAUAGUCACACGUCCGGAUGGAAAGUUAUUUUUCCUCGCUGGCUCCGCUGGUGGGAGCCGGAUUAUAACAGCCACUGUGCAAAAUAUAAUCCGCGUUAUUGACCAAGGACUAUCGGCAGCGCAGGCAUUGGCUCAACCCCGUUUGCACGAUCAGCUAAUACCGAACCAGGUCAGCUUUGAGUAUACAUAUGACAAUUCAACCGUCGAUUUCAUGAAGUCUCGCGGGCAUAAUGUGACUUGGGUCGCUCCAGGUCAGAGCACGGCGCAGGCCAUCCGGGUCCUGCCGAACGGAACAUUUGACGCCGCUGGAGAGCCCAGACAGUUGGAUUCGGGAGGCUUCUCGAUUUGA